AUGGAUGUAAUUUUCGAAAGCUCACGUAUUGCAAAAAAUGUCUCAUUCACAACUUAUUGCCGUCUAUUGGAAAAACUAGCAUCAAGUGAUGUGGUCAAGACGAAAGAAAAAAUUUUGUCCGAAUUUGUAAUUUUAUGGGAGACCCAGUAUCUCGCAUUAGACUCAAUAAGUCAGUAUCCGUGUGGUGGCCGAGCUAGUCUUUAUUUACUCUUGCGUUUGUUAAUUCCUUCUCAUGAUAGAUCAAGGAAAGCUUUCGGAUUGCGUGAACAGACACUAUCAAGACUAAUAAUUAGAGCUAUCGGACUAGCCCCAAACAGUCUGGCUGCUCGUAAACUUUCACAUAUUCAUCCUAAUAGUAUCCAUCGACAGACUGAUUUCGCCGAUGUAGCAUAUACAGUGCUCAAAGCUCGAUGUCGUGAGGACAGUGUUUUGUCUGUCAAGGAUUUGAAUACUCAUUUAGAUGACCUGUCUACUGCUGAAUCGUACGAUAUGCGUUUACAAGUAUUGCGAUCGUUGUUACAGUUAACUACAGCUUUAGAACAAAAAUGGAUUAUACGUCUUAUUGUUAAACGAGAUUCUGGUUGUGGCCUAAAUGGGAAGAGUAUUCUCAAGUGCUUUCAUCCAGCUGCGGUCUCUGUUUUCGAAGUCACACAAGAUCUUCUCCCACUAUGUGAACGAAUCGCAAAUAUACCUUCCAACACAUCCAUGUUGACAGGACAUGCUAACAAUUUAAGCAAGUCAUUCGAUGUCACUCUUUUUGUUCCAUUUCGUCCCAUGUUAUGCGAGCGGGCUAAUAGUGGUGAUAUGCUAGUGAACUCAGCACUACAUUUGUACGGUAAACAGAACCAAGGUGAUGCUAAAGGAUUAAAAUUUAUUUUCGAAACGAAAUUCGAUGGAGAACGCGUUCAACUUCAUAAAUCAAGUAAUUCUUAUCGAUAUUGGUCAAGAAAUGGUUUAGAAUGGACAGCAAGUUACGGUGAAGAUGGUACUCGAGAUUUUGACAGAUUAUCUGCUCAAUUACAUUAUGGAUUUGCACAGCAUGUAACUGAUUGCAUACUAGAUGGAGAAAUGAUGAUAUUUAGUAAGUGGUCAAAUUCAAUUAUGUCAAAAUCAACAAAAUUUGAUGUAAAACGGAGUUCUUAUCAAAAUCCAGAAAUCGAUAAUUAUCAACCGUGUUUCAUUGCUUUCGAUAUACUUUAUUUGAAUUCACAAUUAUUAACUUCAAAGUCCCUACUGCAGCGUAAACAUCUUUUAUCAAAGGUAUUCAAUUUGAAUUCAACAUCACUGGAUACUGACUCGUUUAUGGAUAGUGAUGAAUCAUUAGAUUUCAAACCGAUCCCUAUUAUAAAUGGUAUUAUGUACGUUUCUAAAUGGUAUACUGCCUCAGCACAUCAAACAGAAGUUGCAAGAGCUUUUAAUCAUCUUGUGGAUAAUCAUCAAGAGGGUCUUAUAGUAAAAAUAGCCAAUUCUCCAUCUCCUUAUCUACCUGGUAUUAGAACUGAUGGUGGCUGGUGGAAAAUUAAACCAGAUUAUAUACAGGGUUUAUUAGAAGACUUAGAUUGUCUAAUUGUCGGUGGUUAUUUUCAUCAUCGUGGAAAUAAGAUAAUAACAAGAGUUAACCAUUUUUUAUGUGCUGUUCGGAGUGAUGAAUCCUAUGAAUCUACUUCAGAAGAUAAUUUCAAUCUAACACGGUUCUAUACAUUUUGCAAGGUUAAAUCUGGGCUAACAGUUAAACAACUGAAAGAAAUCAACCAGUUGUUAGGAAAACAUUGGAAGGUGUACGACAAAAAACAUCCUAAUUCUAGUUCUACCGAAUGGUUAUGUGUGAAUUCUGAACGCCCAGAUGUUUGGAUAGCUCCACGAUCAUCGCUUGUUUUACAGCUUCACGGAGCUGAAUUAAUCCAGAGUGAUUCAUAUUCUUGUGGAAUAACUCUUCGAUUUCCUCGUGUAGUGGCUAUACGUCAUGAUAAAAAUUGGCGUGAUUCCCUAUCAAUGAGCGAAUUAAUUAAGCUGAAUACUGAGACAGAGGGUAAAUUAGCCACAAAGCGAUUGUCAAUUGUGCCAACAUUUUCUGGGCUUGCAGAUGUCCAACAUCAACAAUCUUUUCCAGAUAUAAGUAGUUUGAAUAGUAGUUGCUCAAGUACAAAUCAAAGUAGUGGGUAUGAUACAUUAAAUGAAACCACAGAACAACAAACAACUGGAUUGUUUAUAAAUGUUGAUGAACCUUUAGCAACAUCUUCACCCAUUAAGCAACGUAAAAUUGAUGUUUGUCAUGAACAUUUAAAUUAUUUUGAAAAUCACGAAAUAUGUCUUUGGUUAUCAAAUGAUGUUGAAUUGAAUAAAAAAUUAGAGCUUGAAGCUAUUAUUCGUCGCUAUGGUGGUGUUGUUGUACAAAAUCCAUCUGAAAGUACUUUUUGUAUUGUUGCUGAUAAGCUUACAUUAAAGACAAAAAAUUUACUGAACUAUUCCAGUACUUCAAAAAAACGCUCUUCAUUUAUUGAAUACAAUGUAGUUCACUUGAAUUGGUUACUUGCUUGCAUCAAUAAAAAAUCUCUGUUAGCAUGGAAACCAAAAGAUAUGUUUGCAAUGAGUUCAUCUGUCGCUGCUAAAAUGGCUCAAGAAUAUGACAAAUUUGGUGAUAGUUAUAGUGAACCGAUUACAUCUGAUGAAUUGAAAUUAAUCUUUAAUGAUAUUUCAUGCUAUGAAUCAGUCACAGAAGAGAAGAGAGGUAUAUCAAAGUUAACAGUUCCAAAGCUCAGUCAUUAUUCAAAAUUAAAACUUUUAUUAAACGAAUUUGCAAAUGAUAUGGAAGUGUUACAUCCUUUGACGGGUUAUAUUCUAGUACUUAUACGUCCAUUGUUCAGUUUAGAAAAUGAUGAAAAGACUGUACUGACUAGUUUGGAAAUUCACCAACAAUUAAUGAUUAUUGAUUUACGUAGACUUGGUUCAAUGUGUAUAGGACCUAUUGAUAUUUAUAAACCGGAGUCUGUAUCUAAUUUACAGUCUCUGUUGAAUAUGACCUAUCACAAUUUGUUAUCUGUGGAUUCACAUACGAAUGAUUGUAUGCGAUCAUUAAGUAAUAACUGUAUCAAUCCGACGCAUGUUAUAGUGUUAUCAACUUCCCAAGAAACACAGUUUAAUAUUUGGUUAAACGAGAAUUAUUCAAUAUUAAACUCUUGGAUUCGUCAAUUUCCUCGUAUUCCACAUUUCAUCAAAGAUAGUUGGUUAACUGAAUGUAUUAUGCGAAGCAGUUGGUGUUCAGAAUUGAAUCAUUUGAUUGAAAUAAACUAA